AUGGAAUCCACGGACAACUCGUCUCACAUUGACACCUCUGUCUGGUAUCAGCCCGACAUCGGCCGUCGAUUGAGCCCCUGUAUCGAAGAGGUCUACAGCACCUGGAGCGGGAUUAGUACCGAGGAUCUUCAGGCCCAUCUCCACCGCAUCCGCGACCAAGCAUGGCCACUAGGCGAAUACCCGUGCAUCGGUCUCUGGAUCUUCCUGCUACCUGGUCUAGCCGCCUUCCCGCAGUUCCCCUUGAUCCUGGCUCGUGCCAAGCAGCCUCAAUCGGUGAUUGUGGAUUUGGGCUGCGGGCUGGGCCAGGAACUGCGCCUGUUAGCGGCGCACGGAGCCCCAACGGACGGGAUGUGGGCUGUGGAUAUUGAGGCGGGCCUGUGGAAGUUGGGAUUCGAGCUGUUUCGUGAUGCGGACCGCAUGAAAGCGCGCUUGAUUCAGGGUGAUUUCUUGCAACUCGAGGACCAGCGGUUGGAUGCGCUCUACGGGAAGGCGGAUCUGGUCAUCGCGUCGCAGUUCCUCCACCUGUUCAGCUGGGACGGGCAGAUCGCCGCGACGAAACGGAUCGUCGCGCUGUCCAAGCCCGGGACGAUCUUCGCGGGGUACCAACAAGGACGGAAGCAGGCGCGAGAAUAUCUGCGACCCUGGGGGAUGAUGUUCUAUCACAAUCUCGAGUCCUUUAGGCGGCUGUGGGAUGUGGUGCAGCGCGAAACGGCGACGCAAUGGACGCUGGAGGCGAAAGAGGUGGAUCUACGUGAAUGGGGGAUGCAGGACGAAGACGUGCAGUGGAUGCCGGCGGAUCGCCAGGGAAUCAACUUCGUCAUUACUCGCGUAGCAUGA